AUGGUGAUGAAAUCGCUUACCGCGCUGGCGACCGUCGCCGGCGCCUCAGCCUUUGUCCUGACUCCAAUUGGCGCCAAUGUCCAGAAGCCCUUGGGAGGCGGCUUUCAGUGUGAUCUCCCUCCCGUGCUCAACCCCACCCGUGACGGACUUCCUUCGGCCGAUAGUCUGUUCUCGUCUCACGAUGCUCUGCUGAGGCAGGUCAAGAGGCACCAGGCCGUUGUGCGGGUUCCGUCAAUCUGCUACGAUGACCUGGGUGACUUUGACAAAGAUGAGCGGUGGGCGCCGUUUUACGACUUGCAUGGCGUGUUGGCAAAGACGUAUCCAGCAAUCCACAAGCACGCCAAGCUUGAAAAGGUCAACAGAUUCGGCUUGGUGUACACACUCGCUGGGAGCGACUCGACUCUGAAGCCAUACCUUCUCGCAGCUCAUCAAGACGUUGUUCCCGUUCCUGACCCAUCAACAUGGACUCACCCACCCUUCGAUGCCUACUUUGACGGCGAAUGGCUCUGGGGCCGUGGUUCAUCCGAUGACAAGAACAGCCUGACUGCUCUCCUCUCGGCAAUUGAGACGCUCUUCACAGAGACCGACUGGAAACCAAAGCGUACUCUGCUUCUGGCCUUUGGUUUUGACGAAGAGUGCUCCGGGUACCGUGGCGCCGGCAAGAUCGGCGACUUCCUCACAGAACGAUAUGGAGACGACAGCAUCGCCCUGAUCCUCGACGAAGGCGGCUCAGGAAUCCAGCUCAUCGACAACACACUCUACGUUCUCCCAGCAGUAAUGGAAAAAGGCCACAUCGACAUCUGGGCAGAGCUACACACCAAGGGCGGGCACAGCUCCAUCCCCCAGCCACACACAGGCAUCGGCAUCGUCGCAGAGAUCAUCUCAGCACUCGAAGCUAACCCAUACGAGCCAAGGGUUCUCGAGGGCAGUCCAGUGUACAACCACCUUGUCUGUACAGCUAGGUACUCGCCCGAUGCCGAGCCCAAGCUCAAUGACCUGCUUGAGAGGGGCGACCUCGACAAGCUCACUUCGGAGCUGAUUAGCGUGAACCCCACGGCUCGGUUCCUCAUUCAGACGACGCAGGCCGUCGACAUCAUCCAAGGUGGGCAAAAGAUCAACGCCCUCCCCGAACUUGUCACUCUCGGGGUAAACUACCGAAUCGCCCCUCAGGACAGCAUUGCCAAGGUGCAGCACCGUUUCAUCGAGAACAUCUCCUCCGUGGUGAAAAAGUACAACCUUAGCGUGGAGGCGUACGCAGACGACAAAGAGUACCAGGCUCUCUUUGGCAGCAACGCCGCACCAGUUGGAGACUAUGACGGCCGGCUCAUCGUAAAAGCAGCAGAAAAGUUUGACAUCACGCCUGUGUCACCUACAAGCGGGCCAGUCUGGGACAUCUUUUCCGGAACGAUCCAGCACACCUUUGCCUUUGACGGCGGACGAGUAGUCCCCGUUGGCGAGAUCAUGACGGGCAACACGGACACAAGACAUUACCUGAACCUUUCGCCACACAUUUACCGUUGGACGCCAUCCAGACAACGCGGUUCGGAAAACAUCCACACGGUGGACGAGAGGGUGAGGAUGGACUCGCAUCUGGACAUUGUCAAGUUCUACUAUGAUCUGAUCCGCAACCUGGACGCGGCGGAGCUGUAG